AUGGACGGAGAUAAACCACCUUUUGCUAAAGAAAUUGAGGAUAAAGCAACUGCAAUCAAGGAGCAACUUAAGCCUGUUCAAACUAAAGAAAAAAAUAAGUUACCAACUCAGGAAGAAAUCGAUGCAGAGAAGAAGAAGGAUGCUGAAAAAACUGGAUCUUGA